UGCGUGUGCGGGACGCCAGGCUGCAGACGCUCCUUCAGUCAGUGCCGCUGCUGCUCGUUUCACCAACGUCUUCAUCAAGUUUAUGUACCAACUUCCAGACAUCAUGAGGGAAAUCGUGCACAUCCAGGCCGGUCAGUGCGGGAACCAGAUCGGGGCGAAGUUCUGGGAGGUGAUCAGUGACGAGCACGGCAUCGACCCAACAGGAACCUACCAUGGAGACAGUGACCUGCAGCUGGACAGGAUCAGUGUGUAUUACAACGAAGCCACUGGUGGGAAGUAUGUGCCCAGAGCCAUCCUAGUGGACCUGGAGCCCGGCACCAUGGACUCGGUUCGCUCCGGACCCUUUGGACAGAUCUUCAGACCUGACAACUUUGUCUUUGGUCAAAGUGGAGCAGGAAACAACUGGGCCAAAGGUCACUACACGGAGGGGGCGGAGCUGGUGGACUCGGUGCUGGACGUGGUGCGGAAGGAGGCGGAGAGCUGCGAGUGCCUGCAGGGCUUCCAGCUGACCCACUCUCUGGGAGGAGGCACCGGCUCCGGCAUGGGGACCCUGCUCAUCAGCAAGAUCAGGGAGGAGUACCCGGACCGCAUCAUGAACACCUUCAGCGUGGUGCCGUCUCCCAAGGUGUCGGACACGGUGGUGGAGCCCUACAACGCCACGCUGUCCGUCCACCAGCUGGUGGAGAACACGGACGAGACCUACUGCAUCGACAACGAGGCGCUGUACGACAUCUGCUUCCGCACGCUCAAACUCACGACGCCCACGUACGGCGACCUCAACCACCUGGUGUCGGCCACCAUGAGCGGCGUCACCACCUGCCUGCGCUUCCCCGGCCAGCUCAACGCCGACCUGCGCAAGCUAGCGGUCAACAUGGUGCCGUUCCCGCGCCUGCACUUCUUCAUGCCGGGCUUCGCGCCGCUCACCAGCCGCGGCAGCCAGCAGUACCGCGCCCUCACGGUGCCCGAGCUCACGCAGCAGGUGUUCGACGCCAAGAACAUGAUGGCGGCGUGCAACCCGCGCCACGGCCGCUACCUCACCGUGGCCGCCGUGUUCCGCGGCCGCAUGUCCAUGAAGGAGGUGGACGAGCAGAUGCUCCACGUGCAGAACAAGAACAGCAGCUACUUCGUGGAGUGGAUCCCCAACAACGUGAAGACGGCCGUGUGCGACAUCCCGCCGCGCGGCCUCAAGAUGGCCGUCACCUUCAUCGGCAACAGCACGGCCAUCCAGGAGCUGUUCAAGCGCAUCUCGGAGCAGUUCACGGCCAUGUUCCGCCGCAAGGCCUUCCUGCACUGGUACACGGGCGAGGGCAUGGACGAGAUGGAGUUCACGGAGGCCGAGAGCAACAUGAACGACCUGGUGUCCGAGUACCAGCAGUACCAGGACGCCACGGCCGAGGAGGAGGGCGAGUUCGAGGAGGAGGUGGAGGAGGACGCGUGAGGAGGUGACGGCACGAGGGCUCAGAGAGGAGAAAUCAGAGAAGUGAAGGAGAAUCUGUGAACGGAGGAGAAAGAACAGCAUGAACGUAGGCAGAAAACGGACAGAAACUACAUCAGCAUGAGUCAAUGUCACUUCACCGGCCACAAAAAGUAUUAAAGUGAAGGAAGAGUUUCAUCAUCGGAGCAGGACCUUCGUUUCCUGCAAAGUAAAAAAGUAAUGAUUUAGAAACAAAGUCCCAUCAGUGAAUUGAUGUGAAAUCAUCCUAAAUCAGUGUUGACCCUUUUUAUCAGUGUUCAUGUGAUUUCUUCAGUGUUUAAGAUAAAAUGUGAAUUUGCUGCAGCUGAACCACGCGUCGCUGUUUGUACGUUUAUCUGCUCACGUUUACUUUUUAUGUCAGACAUUCAUUCGUUGAGGUUCAGUCUGUUCAUUAAGUCCAGAAAUCUGUAAACGCUCCUUAAUAGUGAGGAUUAUUUUCUGUUUUGAAUCAUUAUAUUUUCCCUCAAACUAUAACAAUUUUCCCAUUCAGGUUUCUGUUUUUUUAUUAGUUGAGUCUGUCAGAUCCAGGGUCUUUGACUCCAUUGACUCCUCUAAGGUCUAACUCAGUGCUUGUGAGGACUCUUCUCGGAUUCCAGCCAACGUCUUGAGCUCCUUCACACUGAGGUCGGGUCACGUUUCCUCCAAACAGAAGCUGCUGUCCGUUUUUAUAUCAUUUGGAAAACGCUUGUGCCAAAUAGUUGAAAGCGUUAAAAUGUUUUCCUGGUGUAAACUCGCUUCGUGUCCAGCAGCUCAGACCCUGAGGCUUAUUUAUAUUUGAGCACCGAGUCAUUUGAACGUUUGAAUUAUUAAGGCUCCUUUGAAACAAAAAUAAAACAACUGCUCGCUUGUAUCUUUAAAGGAAAACUGAAACUGGAGUUUUCAGCUUUGUCUCGUUUUUGUUUUCUGUUCAAAUUUGCUUUGAACGUUUUCACUCUGAGCCUCUGCAGCGUUUAAAUCAGACACGUCGGUGUUCAUGUUGACUUCAUGUCUGUUUACUGUUUGUACCUUUUUUAAAUCCUGUGAACACUUGGUUUGAUCCAACUGACUGUGAAACAUUUGGAAGAAAUAAAACUAAGCUGAAAAUGUG